UUUAAAACACAAGAUCCCGAAUGUCACAGAAAUGUUUGCAAAAUAUGCUUCGCUACCGACAUAAUGAGCUUUUUAUUGUUCAGUUUAGAAUUUACAGAGACUGGCUGUGUGAACCAUGACUACUAUUGCAACUGUAACUAAGAAUGGAGUUCAGGGGGUUAAGAAAUAUCACGCAGUCUCAUUCUUCUGCAACUUCUGGCACCAGCCGGUGAAAGCUUUAAAUACUGAUUUGACAGAUUCUACGUUUCAACAGCAAGGGACUGCUCUGUCCAGUAUUUCAGCUUUUCAAUUUUUCUCAGAACUUACUUUUCUUGGUCUUUGGUCCAAAAUGAAUGCUGUGUGCCCUUUACUUUUUGUGAUUACAUUUGUACAAUUAGUAUUCACAGCACCAGCUAAUAAGGAAGAGGAAUUUAAUGUGCAUUAUUUGGACAUGGAUUCUCUUGAUGCAGAACUUGAUUAUGAAUAUGAAGAUGAACUACAAGAAACAAAACAAAUACAGCUAAAAGAAAUUAUCACCUCAAGGCAUGAUGAUACUGACAAGAGCCAAGAAGUGGAACUUUCACGUUUUAUCAGGUCCCCAACAAUAGCGCCAGAACCAGAUAAUCCUGCAGACAUGCCAACUUGCCUUCUGUGUGUCUGCCUAACUGGCUCUGUAUACUGUGAUGAGACUGAGAUUGAAGAAAUUCCAAUUUUGCCAAAGGAAACAUCAUAUAUUUAUGCACGAUUCAACAAUAUUAAAAGAGUCACAGUAAAAGAUUUUGCCGAUUUCCCAACUCUGAGAGGGAUUGAUCUGUCUGGAAACCAAAUUACUGAAAUAGAAGAUAAGGUCUUUGCACAACUUCCGGAACUGGAAUAUUUGACGCUUACUGAUAACAGGCUCACUCGUCUGCCUGCUUUACCACCAAAACUUAUAACGUUGGAUGCACAACACAACCGCAUCAAAAGCAAUGGAAUAAAACGCAAUGCUUUUAAGAACUUGGCCAGACUGCAGUAUCUUUACCUAGGAUACAACAAACUGGAUAAAGUACCCGAUAACUUACCCCAGAGUAUUCGCGUGCUUCAUUUACAGCAUAACAAUAUAUCUUCUAUUACGGAUAAUACAUUUUGCAAGCCCAUGGAUGCCAGUUAUAUCCGUGAUCAGCUGACUGAGAUACGGCUUGAAGAGAAUCCUAUCAAUUUGGCAGAAUACCCCAAUAGCUACAUCUGCUUGCGAAGGCUGCCUAUUGGGAAACCAUAUUUUGGGAGAGUACACUACUCCUGAAAAAUACUUAAUCAGAAACUACUUAAUGGUUAUGGGCGAAGACCAAGGUUUCAUGCCAACACCCUCGUAUUUAACAAAACACCGCUUUUUCUAAAUAGAAUUUAACACUAAGGGUUUAUUUCAUGGCAGUGAAAAACUCAGUUCAUUUACUGAAAAAAUUGCAACUGCAAGUUUUUAAAAUUGAUUUACAUUUGAUUAAAGUUACGCAUAUUACUGUUUGACUUUUAGUUUCUGAAAUACAGUACUAUAUUGAACUGCAUUUAAUUCAGUCAAAGUAAUGAACUCAACAUAGUUCUUCAUGUAGUCAUUUCAUAACAUUGUAGCUGCACAUCACUUACAAGCAUUAAUUUUUCUCAACAGGAUUCUAUUUAUUAAAAUAAAUAAGAGAAUCUUCAGAAAAAGUUUUGUAAAUAUUUUAAAGGAAAUAAAUCAUGUAAUUUCCAAAUUAGAAUCCUAUUAAACCAUAAUUGACAUUAAAACAAAUCACUAAUGUAAAACAUUAAAACAAAUUUAUGACCUUUCUAAACAAACUUCCACUCUUUCUAUGAUUUACAGUAUAUUAUCAUAAUCUUCUAAAUUAUAAAUAUUAUAUGAUCCAUAGUAACUGCAACUUGGGCUUUGUAUGCCUGAGAAAAGUUACAAUAAAUAAUUGUAAUGUCAGCAUUAGUAUGUCCAUUCAAUGUAGAAUGACAGAAUGAAACAAAACUGCCAGUUGGAUGAACCUUCACACAGAUAGUCAUGGAACUACACUAGGAGGAUUAAGAAAGACUUGAAAUAUAGUUGUUGGAAAUAUUUAUGUAUAUGAAGCAUGUACAAGAAAUGUAGAGACGGUACACCGUGAAGGUCAAGACCCUCAACACUGUUGAUGAGUAGAGGGGUCCAAGUUCAUAGCUCCCUGAAAGUGAAAGGAGAGAGAAGCUGAAGAGAGAUCUUAUAGAGGCUUAUAAGAUUAUGAAAGGAAAAGAUAGAGUUGACAGACAGCAUCUUUUUCCCAGAGUUGAAAUGUCUAAGACCCGAGAAGGGUAAGUUCAAAGGAGAUGUGAGGGGCAAGUUUUUUUUUAAAACACAGAUGGUGGGUGGCUGGUGCCUAGGGUGGUGGUAGGUGCAGAUAAAUUAGAGAUUUUUAAGAGAUAUUUAGAUAGGCACAUGGAUGUGAGGGAAAUGGAAGAAUAUGGCAGAAGGGAUUAGUUUAGUUGGCCAUUUGACUGCUAAUUUAAUUGAUUCAAUACAUCGUGGGCUGAAAGGCCUGUUACUGUACUGUACUGUUCUACAUAGAAAAGUGGAACUGUAUAAAGCAGACACAAGGGGUUCAAAUACCCAACUCCUCCUUCUAUUUCCACCAUUAGAUACCAGCAAUAGGCAAAGUGACAAAUGUGAUGGCAUAUCACUCAGCAAGUUCCAGCUUAGAAAAUAUUUUCAUAACUAGGGGACUUGUGACCAAGCAUGGGACAGCUGGACAUUGUCAGCAUGAUACAGUUCAAUUUUUAUACAUUCACUUGCCUUAUUGCUAGAUCCUGUUUUGGAGUUUUCAAGUUCAAAACACAACAUAGUUGUCAUAUUCGUAAAAUGCUAGAAAUUCGUAAACAGAA